CUUGUAACCCUGAAGAACUGCUCUGAAGAGAAGUAAAAACUUCUAACAAAUGGGAAAUUAUAAAUCUAGACCAACACAAACUUGUACUGAUGAGUGGAAGAAGAAAGUCAAUGAAUCUUAUGUUAUUACAAUAGAAAGAUCAGAAGAUGACCCGAGGAUCAAGGAAAAAGAAUUUACAGAGAUGAGACAUAUUUUUGGGCCCCUGAUGUGUUACUCCAACACGGAGCUAAUGUCAAUGUUCAAGAUGCUGUUUUUUUCACUCCAUUGCACAUUACAGUGUACUAUGGGCAUGAGCAGGUAACCCAUCUCCUUUUGAAAUUUGGUGCUGAUGUAAAUGUAAGUGGUGAAGUUGGGGAUAGGCCUCUCCAUCUGGCAUCUGCAAAGGGAUUCUUCAACAUUGCAAAACUCCUGAUGGAAGAUGGGAAUAAAGCAGAUGUGAAUGCUCAGGAUAAUGAAGACCAUGACCCACUGCAUUUCUGUUCUCAUUUUGGCCAUCACGAGAUAAUGAAGUAUCUGCUCCAAAGUGACUCGGAAGUUCAGCCUCAUGUUGUUAAUAUCUAUGAAGACACUCCUUUGCACUUGGCAUGCUACAAUGGCAAAUUUGAAGUUGCUAAGGAGAUCAUUCAAAUAACUGGAACAGAAAGUUUGACUAAGGAAAACAUCUUUAGUGAGACAGCUUUUCACAGUGCUUGUACCUAUGGCAAGAGCAUUGAUCUGGUUAAAUUUCUUCUUGAUCAGAAUGUGGUAAACAUCAGUCACCAAGGAAGAGAUGGGCACACAGGAUUACACUCUGCUUGCUACCAUGGUCACAUUCACCUGGUUCAGUUCUUACUGGACAAUGGGGCUGAUAUGAAUCUAGUUGCUUGUGAUCCCAGCAGGUCUAGUGGUGAAAAAAAUGAGCAGACAUGUUUGAUGUGGGCUUAUGAAAAAGGACAGGAUGCCAUUGUCACACUUCUGAAGCAUUAUAAGAGACCCCAGGAUGAACUGCCCUGUAAUGAAUAUUCUCGUCCUGGAGGAGGUGCCCACUUUUGCAUUCACUUUUCAUUGUUGUGAUGCAUGGCACCUAAAGGUAAAUCUGUGUUUCUGGGAUUAUCAUUCUGGGGCUAGGGAGGAGGACAUAGCUAUGCCACAUUAGCCUUAUUUUCAGAAAAUUUAUAUCUGGAUGAGUCUGAAUAUAAAGAAGCCUCCACUUAGGCUAUUUUCUAAUUCACCAAUCCACAGUUCCCCCAUGUUUAACAUCGCCUAGGCAGGUAGUGUAUAGGGCUACGCAAGGCCUGGGUAGGCUAAGAACAGUCAUUUUCCAUUUCAGUAAUCUAUUAAGUAAUCUGGCAAGGCAGGGCAGAAAAUACUCCAAUCUAGAUACAAAUUAAAUCUGAUAGAGAUGGCUACCACUUGGAUUUUCCUUUUUAAUCAUUUUACGCAGUUUUUAAAUAAAUACUUGUACAGUUUCAGUAUCCUGAGAAAGAUUUGGGCCUUAAGCUACAGGUUUCCUUGGUCUCAUCAACUGGUUUUUUUUUUUAAUAAUAUUGAAUAUUUAAGUAAAAAAUAAAUGAUUGCUAUAUUCAACUCUUUUGUAUAAUUUGAUUUCUGGAUGGCUCCUAUGUGUCUGUUCCAUCCCCUUUGGGGAAGAUUAAAAACAUAACAAAAGGUACUUAUUAGUGGAAGAAUUGUUAUAUUUUCUUGUUAAGAUAAUUUUGCCUAAAUGUGAUAACUUUCUGGGUUGUUUUAUAUAUUACAAAUGAUGACUAUUUUAUGAUCAUAAGUAGUAUUACCCACUAUGCUGUUAAUUAACUGUAUCUUUUAUGCCCUUUUGGUUCAUGAAGAUAUAGCAGUGACAAUUUCAAAUGAGAAAGAUCAAAUUUUUAUAGCUAUUUAGAGAUUUGUAUUUUAUUAGAAUAUAAAUUAGAAA